AUGGCCAUCCCCAGACCAGCCAGCUCUAGCGUUGAAGUUGGACAGGAAGACUCUAUGGGCGACAACAUGACGGCAGGCAGACGGACUCCCUUUGAAUUUGCGUCGGAGCAACAUCUGGGAACAGAUAUAUCGGAUGAGAGAACGACACUGCUGGCCAACGGCCUAGAUAAAGCUGAGGUUGAGGACUUCUCCUCUUUGCCUUGGUGGAAACGGCCUUCUGUGUUUUGGUUGUUACCUCCGCUUCUACCGUUUACCCUCGCAUUUGGAGGAGUUGCCGUCCCGAAGAUUAACCUCUUGCUCACGUUGAUAUGCCGGGAAUAUUUCUCUGAUCGUGCAGAAAAGGACAUUACGUUUACCUACGCCCCCGUAAUAUUUGGAGUUGAAAAUCCUCAAUGCCGGAUACCAGAAGUGCAUGCGCUGGUCUCUCGGUUUCAGCUUGUUAUGAACCUCAUUGCUGGCAUUCUCUCCGCAGUAGUAAGCCCAAAAUUAGGCGAGUUAUCUGAUGGAUAUGGUAGAACGAAAAUCAUUGGACUGUGUACCCUGGGCACAUGCCUGGGAGAAGUGAUCACUGCACUCGUCGCGACAUUUCCUGAUACCCUGCCGGUCAAUCUUUUCCUCUUAGGGGCCUUUUUCGACGGAAUGUUCGGUUCUAUCACCGCAGCCGUGGCAUUGACACAAUCGUAUGCAGCGGACUGCACUCCUGCUAACAAACGGAACGUUUCCUUUGGAUAUUUCCAUGGUGUCCUUUUCAUCGGGAUUGCACUUGGCCCACUGUCCGCCAGCUAUCUUAUUAAAGCCACAGGAGACGUCAGACUCAUCUUCUACGCAGUCGUGGCAUGUCAGGCUAUACUGCCGAUAUUCAUCUCCUUUAUUGCCCCAGAAUCUUUGACGAAGGAACGGCAGAAGCGUAACAGGGAGAAGAGAAACAUAAAGCCGCUGGAUAUCAAUAAACUCCGUUUGCAGGAUUUCAACCCUCUUCACCUACUAAAGCCAUUGGCCGUCCUUCUCCCAGUUACUGACAAGACUGUCUCCAAAACAGCAGCAGAAAAGACACGAGUGAAAUUGGUUCAACGAAAUUUGAUAAUACUAGCCGCAAUUGACACAGCUUUGUUUGGUGUUUCAAUGGGUACUAUGAGCACCCUCAUCUUAUACGUUGAGUACGUGUUUGGCUGGGGCAACAUUGAGUCUAGCUUGUUCGUCUCGGUCUCCAGCACAGUCAGGGUCAUUGUCUUGCUAGGUGUCCUGCCUCUCCUCACUCGAUGGAUCCGGAAUCGACGCAAUAGCAGUCUUAGCGAGUCUCAGACAAACCGUGGAUCUGAUAAGCUGGAUAUUGGAAUUAUCAGAGUAUCUAUCCUAUUCGAAUUCUUGGGUUAUGCCGGGUUCUCUCUUGUCAAGACCGGCCCACUCAUGGUGCUCUGCGGUGUCCUCAAUGCCAUGAGCGCAAUGGCGUCCCCGACAAUCAAUUCGACAUUGACAAAACACUUACCGUCAGAUAGAACGGGCCAGCUAUUGGGUGCCGUGGGAUUACUCCAUGCUUUGGCCCGUGUUAUAGCACCGACCGUGUUAGGUUUCGUUUACAGCUGGACUGUUGGGAAGUUAACACAAACAGUUUGGAUACUUCUGGCGAGCUUGCUAUUCGUCAGUUUUAUUUCCUGCUGGUUCCUCUUACCGCAUAUAUAUCUUCCCGAGUCUAUGGUAGAACAUUCGCCAAGCUCAGACGAUACAGAACGAUCUCCCGAUCAUCUUGAUGAAAGGAUAUAA